GCUCCCAGCAGCCUCCGCUCUCUCUCCCCGCGCCGCGGAGCGCCCUGCGGACUCUGCGGAGGUUUGGCACCGCGGCGGGGUCCAGGGGUUUACGGGCUUCAGCGCAGGGCGGCCGGGUUCCGCGCUGCCGCCUCCGAGGCCCAUGGGCAGAGUCGGCUCGGAAGGCCGGCACUAACCCGAGAAGAAGAUGUCCCUGUAUGACGACCUGGGAGUGGAGACCAGUGACUCGAAAACUGAAGGCUGGUCCAAAAACUUCAAACUUCUGCAGUCUCAGCUUCAGGUGAAGAAGGCAGCCCUCACUCAAGCGAAGAGCCAGCGGACAAAACAAAGUACAGUCCUUGCCCCAGUCAUUGACCUAAAGCGAGGGGGCUCCUCAGAUGACCGACAGAUUGUGGACACACCACCUCACGUAGCUGCUGGGCUGAAGGAUCCUGUUCCCAGUGGGUUUUCUGCAGGAGAAGUGCUGAUUCCCUUAGCUGAUGAAUAUGAUCCUAUGUUUCCUAACGACUAUGAGAAAGUGGUGAAACGCCAAAGAGAAGAGCGGCAACGGCAGCGGGAGCUGGAGCGACAGAAGGAAAUAGAAGAAAGGGAGAAGAGGCGUAAAGACAGGCAUGAAGCUAGUGGGUUUUCAAGGCGACCAGACCCAGAUUCUGAUGAAGAUGAAGAUUACGAGCGAGAGCGGAGGAAAAGAAGUAUGGGAGGAGCUGCCAUCGCGCCACCUACUUCUCUUGUAGAGAAAGACAAGGAAUUACCCCGAGAUUUUCCAUAUGAAGAGGACUCCAGACCUCGAUCACAGUCUUCCAAAGCUGCUAUUCCUCCUCCGGUAUAUGAGGAACCUGAUAGACCAAGAUCUCCAACUGGGCCCAGCAACUCCUUCCUUGCUAACAUGGGUGGCACAGUAGCACAUAAGAUUAUGCAGAAGUACGGCUUCCGGGAAGGCCAGGGCCUGGGGAAGCAUGAGCAGGGGCUGAGUACGGCACUUUCGGUGGAGAAGACUAGCAAGCGGGGCGGCAAGAUCAUCGUGGGUGAUGCCACAGAGAAGGGCGAGUCUCAGGAUGCAUCCAAGAAGUCGGAUUCAAAUCCCUUAACUGAAAUACUUAAGUGUCCUACUAAAGUGGUCUUGCUGCGGAACAUGGUGGGUGCAGGAGAGGUAGAUGAAGACUUGGAAGUUGAAACCAAGGAAGAGUGUGAAAAGUACGGCAAAGUUGGAAAGUGUGUGAUAUUUGAGAUUCCUGGUGCCCCUGAUGAUGAAGCAGUACGGAUAUUUUUAGAAUUCGAGAGAGUGGAAUCAGCAAUUAAAGCUGUUGUUGAUCUGAAUGGGAGGUAUUUUGGUGGACGGGUGGUUAAAGCAUGUUUCUACAAUUUGGAUAAAUUCAGGGUGUUGGAUCUGGCGGAACAAGUUUGAUUUUUAAGAUCUAGUCAUCUCCAGUGAUCCUUAAUGAGCUGCAGACUGAGCGAUGAAACAGACCUCAGCCUCCACGGCUGUUGGACACUGAGACCCUUGGAUGGACUUCUAAGAUAUAUGUUGAUGGAUCCCUUUUUUAUUUUGUGGGGUUUUUUUAAUAUAGUAUAAAAAUCCUUCAAAAAAAAAAUCAGUGUGCCUCUCUGGUUGUCUCCUUACUCCUGCUUCUGAGUUGACGGUAUUUUUCGCUGGCAUUUCACAGGUUUCAGUAAUGCAAUGUUUUUUGCACUAAAAGUAUCCAGGAAGGUUUGGAAUGUGGAGUUUGUACUAAAUUACCCUUUUUCUUUUUUCAUUUAAUAAAGCCUACAAGUUACUAAGCUGUAGCUUCAUAAAAUCCAAUAAUAAAAUAGCAAUUUGGCAGUAUGCCAGAGGGGAAAAUGCCUGCUUUCUCUAAUAGAGAAGUUCCUAGUGAGUCUAGUCCUGAAAAUUUUAACAGCCUGAAAUAAGACCGAGGAGUUGUGGUCCUACUAGGGCCUGUUAAUGAGUCAUUUGUCGUUAAGACAAAUCAGGCUUUGUGAUGGAUUUAUGUGGUGUGAAUAUAGAAAUCAUGAGUCCAGCGUUGCUUUUUGGACAUUCGAACACGGUCUUCAGAGUAGAUUAUAAGGGUUGUUAACUCAAAGCCUCACGGGUACAUUGUAAACAUGCCCAGUUGGGUUUUGAAAAGUGCCAUUUUCUCGGAGUCAUGCUUAUACUGGCAAAGUUUACAAAUGUUCUAUUGUAUAUAAUUUAAAAAUUCAUAAAGUUAAACCAUGUUAGCUAUUUAGUUCUGGAAUUGUGGGAAAUUAUAUCUUUGAAGCACAGUGGUAUGGGUUGCUUAAAACAUUAGCUGGACUACGGAAAAGAAACAAAAAAGUUAGUACUUGGGUUCAUUGCCCGAGGAAGAGGUACUUCAAGAAAGUGCUCGGGCCAGUGUUGCGUCUUGAUUUCCCAAAACUUGCAGGUGACAUCACUGAAGUAAAAACUGAAGGACACGAGCCUGUGUUCUGUCUUCAAGUUAC